AUGGUAUUACCAGUAGGAUUGAUGGUACUAGAAGCAUCAGCAUCAUCCUUAAGGAACAUUCCCAUAAAUUAUAAUCACAAUAUCAACAAUAGUAAUGGUAUUAACAGAUCAUCAAGUUAUAGAACUAACUUUCAGAAUGAUGAAAAUAAUAACACACAAGACAUUAUUAUAGAAGGUAUUGUUGUUGAUAAUGAUGAUAUUUUGGAAUUUGAGGAAGACUGGGAGGAAUUUGUUGAACAGUUACAACAAAUGUAG